UCUGUAUAGUUACAAAUAUCGUACAGAACCAUUCGGCUGAACAACAGGUGUAGCCAUGGAGAGAUUAGCGUCUGCUAUUGUGUUCGUUUGUUUAAUAUCACCCUGUUCAUUUCUAGUAUUGGAUGGCGCUAAUUUACAAGUCCUCAACAAUAAUGUAAGAACGGCCCUUUUACGGAAAAUAUCAGAUGCUUUCGAAUCUGCGAAUACCCAGAUGAGUUCUACAACUUCACUAACACAGGGAUGUCAAUCGCAGCUUUCUGGAAUAUUUGAUGCAUGUGCAGCCUGCGUCAACGAUGCAUGCGAUCAAAAUUUUCAACACUGUCACGAGAGAAGACCUGUAACCAUUUGUGAUGUUACCGGUGCAAAUAACAAGGUAUGUCGGGGAAUCAUGAACAGUGAAAAUCUUGUGCUGGAUGCGAUGUGGGACAUUGACGGUAAGAUGCGUAAGGUGAUGCGCAGAAUGGUGCAAGACCAAGAAGCCAAUGUCGUAACAUUCCUCACGACCAUCAAAUCCUUUACGGACAGAACACUUACAUCUGCAGAAUCUAUACCUAUUCGAAAAUCCUUGACAACGCUUAUAACAUAUUACGAAACAGUAAAAGCUUCUGUUGAUGGAGGCAUACAUCAUAAUACUGCACUGCAGAACAGUAUGAGCAGCAUGAGUAAGGUGAUGAAGGAAGGAAUGGCCUCUGUAGGCGUCCAGAUGAGCACAAGAACCGGCAACUUUAUGACGGAGUUGGCAUUUAAUCUCGCCCGGAUGCUAGCUACAAACAACCCGAGUUUUGGAAGACGUAAAAGGCAAGCCGUAAGCUGUUCAAAAAUACAGAGUUUUCCUGCUCAUUGUUUUGCGGCAUAUGCGACACAAUGCUCGUGCACUGGACAGUCGGCUUCAGUGAUAUCGGAAGUUUGUAGUGCGAAUCUUCAGAAGUCCAUAGCAGGUAUUGCAAAACCCAUCCAAGCAGCAAACGAAAUAUUUGAUAAAGUUUGCAUUCAACGAAAUUUCAUUGAAAAGGUUACCUACGGUAAUAAUGGUGUGAACAGGCAGAACCUUGGAUACAGUAACGUAAAGUACAACGCCGUUAUUCGUGGCGUUUCUUUUGAAUUUACUCCAAAGUAUCGACUUCAGAUCAUGGAUCUUCAACAGACCGCAUCGAAAAUGGCUACAGAUAUUUGGAAUGAAUGGGUGAGACGGACCCACCUGAUGUAACACUGUUACAAUGGGAUUGUAAAAUCUAUGUAGUAAAUCAUUAUACUACUG